CCCCCCUGAUCCGAAGCGGCUAGCCCGGCUGAGCGGCUCUUGCGAACAGGCGCGUAGCUUUCCGACGCCAGCCGCCUCUCCUGCAGACCGGCCCCGGGAGCGCUCGGAGCCGCUCUUGCCCUCCCACAGUCCGUGUUCGGCGCUGUAGCCCCUGCCCGCGCCAUGGGCGGCUCUGCCUCCAGCCAGCUGGACGAGAGCAAAUGCAGCUACAUCCGAGGGAAAACCGAGGCUGUAAUCAAAAACUUCAGCCCACACUACCAACGCCAGUAUGCUGUUGCUUUUUGUGAGCACAUCCAAAAUGAACUGGAACAGCAUCGAAACUUCCAGUCUCAAUUCCUGAAAACGAAGCCCCCUGUGGAAUCUGGGAUGAUCUUGUACGAAGCAGAGUUGUUGCAUUUUGCUGAAGAUCUGAAGAAAUGGAAGGAGAGAUAUAUUGUGAUCAGAAACGACUAUGCAGUGCAGAGCUUUGAGAGCAAAGAGGCCUACCAGAAGGGGGUCAGCCCUAAAUAUCGUAUUCUUCCUGCAGGAGGCAAAGUACUGACCUCAGAAGAAGAUUACAAUUUGCUGUCUGAUAAGCAUUUUCCAGACCCAGUUGCUUCUAAUGAGAAGGAAAAUGCCCAGGCAUUUGUUCUCCUGCCAAAAGAGUUUCCAGUUUACCUGUGGCAGCCCUACCUCAGACACAGUUACUACUGUUUCGAGGAUCCAGAAGCUCAGAAACAAUUUAGUGCAGUGCUGAAUGACUGUGUCAGACACUUAAACCAAGAUUUUCUCAAGCAGACCACCUUUGAUGCGCAGGCAUUUUUAGAAGCCGUCCAGUUCUUCCGUCAGGAGAAAGGCCACUAUGGGUCUUGGGAAAUGAUAACUGGCAAUGAAAUUCAGAUCUUGAGCAACCUUGUGAUGGAGGAGCUCCUGCCUAACCUUCAGACUAUGCUCCUGCCUAAAAUGAAAGGAAAGAGGAACGAUAGGAAGAGGGUUUGGUUUGCAAUUGUAGAAGAAACAUACAAUCUGGUCCAGGAGCAGGUUUCAGAAGGAUUAAACACCUUGAAGGAAGAAUGUAAAGAUCUUACAAAGAAUCUAGAAGGAACCAUUCGUUCAGACAUGGAUCAGAUUUUGAACUCAAAGAACUAUUUAGCUGGAAAAAUCAAAGCAACAGUCUCUGAGCCUGCUGAGAAGUGCUGCAUGGAGAAUAUCCAGCCAUUUUUGCCUUCUAUAUUGGAAGAGCUCAUGGGCCCAGUGAGCUCUGGAUUCAGUGAAAUCCGUUUGCUCUUUGAAAAAGAAGUUAAUGAGAUCAGCCAGGACUUCCAGAAGACAAAUGAUGCCACAAAGCUGAAGGAAAAUUUGGAGCAGCUGAUGAACCUGCCAUUCAACUCUGUGAAAAUGGAACCUUGCUAUCUGAAAGUCAAUCUCCUCCAGGAACAACUCCAGGACCUCAAGAGCCGCUUCAAAUUCUACCAUAUUGAUUUUGUGGUUCAAAGGACGCAAAACUUCAUGCAGGAGCUUAUGGAAAAUGCAGUGUACACUUUUGAACAACUUCUCAGUCUGAGUAGCCAAGGAGAUACAGCGAAAAUUUCACUUGCCAUUGAAAAAGUCAAACUACGAGUACUAAAGCAAUAUGAUUACGACAGCAGUACUAUACGGAAGAAAAUAUUUCAGGAAGCAUUGGUACAGAUCACAUUGCCCACAAUGCAGAAGACACUUGCUUCAGCUUGCAAACCAGAGUUGCAGAAAUAUGAACAGUACAUCUUUGCUGAUUACACCAAAGUGAUACAAGUAGAGAAUGUCUAUGAAGAGAUUUUAUUUCAGACAUUGCUUGAUGAAACCCUAAAAGUAAUAAAAGAAGCUGCCAUUCUGAAGAAACACAACCUUUUUGAGGACAACGUAAACCUGCCUUAUGAAAGUGUGUCCAGUUUAACUGACUUGAAGACCCCUUCAGGAUCAGCACAAGCCAGUCCUGCUAAGCAACUGUCCACCACUUUAACAGAAACAUCAGAUACUGAAACUCAAAGUAAUGAACUGCUUGUUGUGUCAGAAAAAAUGAUCCAGGAGAAGUCUCAUGAUGCUGCAAAGCCAUCAGACAAUGAAGAAGCAGUUUAUGUCAAUGUGUCUAGCAAUCCUGCAAUUAGUAGAGAAAAGGUGAUCAUUACAGACAUCACUGACAAACCGGCAUCUCAUCCUUUUACUCCUAACGAAGAAAAGGAUGUGGAGGCAGUGAUAACUUCCCAGAAUGAAAAUGCGGUGGAGACAGAGUUUGGAGGAAACACUGAAAAAGAAAAUAAGGUACAAGAAGAGGAGAGAAGUCUUACAGUCCCUGGUACUGUGAAUGAGAUCAGAAGCUUGCUGAUGGUGACAAUUGAAUUACCAGCAGUUGCUCCAUCUGACAACAAAAAGGAAAUGGCAAAUGAAUAUGAAAUUUCGAAGUGGCAGGAACAUGGUGAAGAGAGUGAUGAAAACAGCAAAACUAAUGCAGAAAUUGGUAAAACAGACCAGGUAGUGAAUAAAGAAGUAGAACAUUCUGAGCUCAAGGUGGAGCAGCCACCUCCUUCCAGUUUUGGUACAGGCGAUAUGAAUUUAAUGAUCUUUUCAGAGGCAGGCAACCAUGUGACUCAAGCAGAAUGUUUGGAGGUCUCUGAAAAACUGGAUGUGUCUCAAGAGUCAGAGGCAGAAAUGGAGACUAACCAAAGUGUCUGGUAUACUGGUCUGGAAAGCUGCAAAAGUCUUCAUGACAAAUUGCAACCAGAGGCACACACCGAAAGCAUAGUUGGAGACAGAAGAUCUGAUCUGGAGGAAGCAGGUGAAGAUCACAUUCAUGCUGUCCCACUGGAAACAGAGGCUGAGAGCUUUCCUGGGUAUUCUGCUGAAAGUCCUGAUGCAACACAAGUACCCAUUCUAAGUAUUGAAAACUUAAGAAUAGAAACAACUGAUGAUUUUCAGGUUUCGCUAGUGCUAGAGGAAGAUGAGCUUAGCAUGGCAGAGGUUACAGUGGAUAUUAAAUCUGAAAGCUUUACUGUUACUGCAAGUGAUGAGUGUCAGCCAGCAGGUGCACCUUCUCUAUGUGCUGAAAUCACAAGCUCAGUAGGAAGUGAAACUGUCACACAAGAAAACAGUGAGGAGAGUUGUACAGAGCAGCACUCUGAAGAGUAAAAAGUGUUCUUCAGAAAUAUACAGCUCAAUCCUGCAGCCUUACUCUCUCCACCAGUUCUCUUGAAGUCAGGAAUAUUCACAUGAGUAAAGACUGCAGGAAUGGGCCUAAUUGCAGCGUUGCCAACUCUUGCAGUUUUAGCACAAGUUUUGCAGUACUUGGAGGGUUUUAUUACAGGCCCAGUUGCUGGAAUCAGGUUAUUACCUGCAAAUUUCAGCUUUUAUUUAAAAAAAAAAAAAGUUGAUUUCUAGUCCUUGCGGAGAAAAGCUUGAAAGCGUGACUCCCUAAAUGCUUGAACACCUCAAGGCAAAUAAAAAGAACCAAAAAUUUAUUUUUAAAUCUCACAGAUUUUAAGAUAACUUCAUGUUUUUUGGGGGGCCAACUCAUGUUUUUUGAAUGGUUGGGACUGGCAAUAUUACAACAGCUCUUAGCUGAAAUUAGUCAAUCAAAAUGCUAUUAAAUGAAUUCAUUUAGGAUCUGCAUU